CAUCUUUCCACGACAAAGAUAAAACAGACAUCAGUGAUAAAGAAUGAAAACAGUAUAAAAGAAAGAAUAACCUUAGAACUUCUGAACGCUGACAAAGAUUUUUAAAAGUGAAAAAGCAACCUGUUAACAUGAAAUGUUUUGUUUUUGUGCUUUUCCAUUUACACUAUAUUUACCCACGUGAAAUAAAUACCUCUGACACUCGAUCUCGUUUCUAAUUUCUAUAUUUGAUUAUUAAAUUCUAUAUCACUGACCAGAUACAGAACUUAAAGAGAGGCAGACAUGCUCAAGGAGAAGUUAAAUCACGUCAGUCAUCUUCAUCAGCACUUGAAAGACUAUAAUUAAACUGUCAACAUCUCAAAUAGACACAACUUUGUAAAACCACAUCUCCAUGCCUCUGUUACUUAAAACAGAAGGUAUUUAACCUUAGAGACCUUUGGAGUCCCCAGUCGUUGACCAUUAUUAGAGACACUCCAGUGGUAAAGAGCAACAAAGUGGUUCAAUCAUUUGUUUAUAAGUAGUUCUAUUUUUAAACCUCUCAGUUUAGACAACUGAAAAUGAGGGGAUUUUGCCCAAGAUGUCCGUUUGUCAGAUGUUUGUCCCAGGAGAGGCAGAAGGCGACCCUGGUCAAGACGUGUCAAAGGUCUUCUGGUUCGGCAAAAUAAUCCGGCCACUGGGGAGUAGAAGCACGGAGAAGGUUCUGUCAUUGUUUAUAAGACUAUAUAUCAGUGUAGUUUGGAAAUUUGAUGUAUUGCUAUUUAUAUACUUUUAAAUAAUUACUAAUGGGUAAACUAACCUUUUAAAAUAAGAUAUGUUAUAUGUAUAUAAAUUUAAAUAUUGUAAUCAACUUUCAAAAGUGUUAACAGAAUGCAUCACUGUAUAUCUUAAGAUAUUUUUCUGAAUAAAGGAUAGAGCAGGUGCCAUGGAUAUUUGGGGGAAGAGAAUUUCCCCUGUGAGGCCCAUUUGAGUAACGGAGAAAGCCUGCUGUGAAAAAUACUGUGGUUCCUACUGGUUCUCCAAGAAUCCCAGAAGCCACCAGAAAAACGCUUUGAAUUAUUUUGAGCUCAAAAUGCAUUUUAUUUUUGAAGACCAUCCCCUGUCAGAGACCUUUUCCUCCUUUAAACUGUUUUUUAUACCGAGGAAAAUGAUAACUGUUCCUUCUUUGCUCAGCCAAUGGUUGAAUAAAAAGCUUAUGAAGAUAGAAUGGGGAAGAUUUGUUAUAUUCCCAAUAUAUUCACUAAAAAGUAUGUUUUUUAGUUUUUCAUCAUUUGGAAUUUAUGUUAGCAUGUCAUCCAGCUCUCAAUUUAUUUUAUUUAAUAUAUUUUUGCUUGUCUGUUUCUACUUAUAACUCAUAACUACCUUAUUAAAAUUUAAAAGAGUGUAUAUCAUAUAUUUCAGUUGAUUUAAUCAGAUGACAUCAGAUAUUAAUAACAUUUCAUCAUUCCACAUCAUGUUUAAUUGUAGAAAUAAAGAACUACACUUGUGUGCAAUGGAGGGUCUGAGACCACAUGGGUCAUUCCUUCUGUUAUGCAUUACCUUUUCAACUAUGUAACUUUUAAAGAAAGAACAUGCUUUAUUAAGCCAGACUUUCAGAAAUAUGUUCUGGUCAAGCUCAGUCACUAAAACUUUAAAUUAUAAUGGGAAUAAAGAGCUAAUAUUGCUCAGUGAGACACUGAGAGUGAUAUAUAUAUAGCAUUUUUUAAUUUUUUUUAUUUUAGCACAGUGAGUGUUUUGAAGUGAGUAAAAUGAAAUAAUUCUACAAAACAUUACAUAAUUAAUCAACUCAUCUGCUAAUGGUUGAUCAUAUUUGUACUACUAUAAUCCCACCAAAAUGAUGUCAGUUCCAGAGGAUGAUGUCAUUAAUGGCUUUUUGAUAAACAAAAAUAAAUGAAUGACAUUUAACAGGUGGAAGAAUAAAGGGAUACAUAUAUUUGAAAAAUAUGUUUUGUUUGAAAAUUUUCAAUUAGAGAUAAAAAAUGAAAAGUUAGUGCAGAUCAGGAAAUAUUAUAACAUGUGCAAUGGCUUCCUUUUAAAAUUCACCCCUGAUAUUGUGAAUAUACUAACUAAAAUGAUUAACUAAGAUAAACCAACUAAUAUAAUUAACAUCCUUAAAAUCGACUGAUAUUUAUAUAAUAUGAAAUUAUAUGAGCCAUUCUACAGAAUUGGUUCAAAGUCAGAGUUUAAAACGUCUUGGAAAAAUCUUUUUCCACAAAUUUUGUAUGUAUGCAAAUUGUAUAAUAUCCAAGGUACACAUUUCUAGUAAUUGUGCAGUUAAUUCUCAUAUAGUAUUUUCUGAAAGUUUUGGAAUAUUUGUCCUGUCCCUAAAUUUGUCACUACCGAAACACAGUAAUAUAUAAUGUAUUAUAUAAUGUUUUAUUUUAUUAAAAAGUUUUCAGCGGUAAAUCAUUAACAGUUACAAUUUUAACAAUAUUUCAAGUGUGAUUUAUCCAAUUUUUCUUCGUAAAAGGCAAAAAAAUUGACCAUUCUGAUUUCAAACUUAAGGAUUCAUUAGUUUGAAUAUACAUUGAACCAAACACUAUAAUAACAUUUUAGUUGAUAAUUCAGUAUACUUUAUUUUUGACAAAACAUCCCAUGUUUCGUCAUGACUGCACAUUUUCAGUAGUGACGGUAAUGUCUGGUAGCGACCACAUCACAUUACAGAAUUAAAACACUACUAAAACAUACUAAAAUAUUAAAAAUUUGCAUAACUGUAUUAAAAUUUUGUUUAUUUCCCCCAAAUAAAGGAUUAUGUGUUCCCUUUUGUCACUACCAAAACAAUGAUGACAUGUUUUGGUUGUGGCUGUUACGACAAUUUUAUGGGAUAACACCCAAAAAAACAAAGAUGUCAUUACCGAAACCAAAUGUUUGGGUCGUGACUGUUUCGUUAGUGACAAUUUUAGAUACUUUUGAACCUAGCUCAAAGAUGCUAAUCAGCACAUGGUUAGCUAGCACAGUUGUGAACAGCUGUACACACACAGAAACCAAAUGUUAUGGAAUAACACUCAAAAAGGUGUGUUUAAUUAUAGAAAAAUGUGUUUGGUGACAUUCUUUAAAGUUACACACAGAUUUUAUAUACUUUUGAACACAUUACCUCAAAAUGAUGGGGUCUAUCUACUCACCAUGUAGCUAGAGACAGUGACACAUGAAUAUUUCCUGAUCAUAAAUGUGGGGAUUUAUUUACAAUCAGUCUCAGCCAAUGGACUAAAACAUGCACUAUUUUAGUAGUGACAUAAAAAUGCGGGACACUUUUUUUGUACAUAAAGUUUCACAUUUUACAAUGAAAUUCUAAAAUAUUUUUUUUGUCACUUCACUUCAAAAGAUAUUUUUAAAAACAGCAAUGGCAAUUUUUUUUUUUUUUUUUUUUUUUUUUAAUUAUCAUUUUCAUAAGUUGAAAUUUAGGGGUUAUGGUUCGGGACAGCAACUUCCCAAUUGAAAGUACCCACUAAAUGAUGAUUUAAUAUAUAUUAAGCUUAAUUAUAUUUUAAAUAUUUUUGUGGGAUCCAAUAGAUAAUAAAAUGAUCUUAGUAAACAAAUAAGAUUUAAAUACUUAUCUGCUUUUUAAAGGUGUCUUUCGGUUGCGGGACAACAGUUUGCACCACAGUUGUGUAGAAUGGCCCAUAUGUGAAAGGGACACGACGAUCUACUGCACCUAGGAACGUGAGCGUUUCAUCCGCUUUCCUCCACACGCAACAGCUGCUACUGUCCCGCACGUGAUCUCCAUGGAAACGUCAUCAAGCUCCAGAAGUCUUCCUGUUGCUAUAGUUGUGCGCUAGCUGAGCAUGGCAGCAAAGGUAAUAAUAAAGAGGGCUGAUCCUGCAGAGCUGAAGUCCAUUUUCUUAAAGAAAGAAAACCUGAGGAUUAAUUUAAAAAUGCAUCGAGCACUGUAUGGAACUCAUAUAUGCCAGUGUGGAGAAGAAUGGAGAGCACUACAUGUCCCCAGAGGACUUUGUGUCCAAGUUCCUUCAUGCUCACACAUACAGAAAGCUUUCUAAGGAGGCCACCGUUUUACUGGCAGGUGUUGUGGACCAGACCAAAGACGGGUUGAUCUCCUUCCAGGAGUUUCUGGCUUUUGAGUCGGUGCUGUGUGCUCCGGAUGCUCUCUUCAUGGUUGCCUUCCAGCUCUUUGACAAAACUGGAAACGGAGUUGCCACUUUUGAGGAUGUGAAGCAAGUUUUCGGUCAGACCACUAUUCACCAGCACAUCCCCUUUAACUGGAACUCGGAAUUUGUUCAGCUUCACUUUGGCGCCGACAGGAAGAAACACCUUAACUACGGGGAGUUCACUCAGUUUCUGCUGGAGAUGCAGCUUGAACAUGCCAGGCAGGCUUUUAUGCAAAGAGACAAGGCCAAGACAGGCGCCAUCACCGCUCUGGACUUCAGGGACAUCAUGGUGACCAUCAGACCUCACAUGCUCACACCAUUUGUGGAGGAAUGCCUAGUUGCAGCGGCCGGUGGCAGUACGUCACAUCAGGUCAGCUUUUCCUACUUUAAUGGCUUCAACUCUCUGCUAAACAACAUGGAGCUCAUUAGGAAGAUCUACACCACCCUGGCAGGCAACCGCAAAGAUGUGGAAGUUACUAAAGAGGAGUUCAUCAUUGCUGCCCAAAGGUUUGGCCAGGUGACCCCUAUGGAAGUGGACAUCCUGUUCCAGCUGGCUGACCUGUCUGAGCCGAGAGGACGUGUUGGUUUAGUUGACAUUGAGAUGAUUGCACCUCUGGAGGAGGGAGCUCUUCCUUACAACCUUGCUGAGAUUCAAAGACAGCAGUCUGGUGGGGAUGUGUCUCGCUCUGUUCUGCUCCAGGCCGCUGAGUCGGCGUACAGGUUCACCCUGGGCUCCGUGGCUGGAGCUGUGGGCGCCACUGCAGUGUACCCCAUCGACCUGGUGAAGACCCGCAUGCAGAACCAGCGUUCUUCAGGUUCCUUCGUGGACGAGCUGAUGUACAAGAACAGCUUUGACUGUUUCAAGAAGGUCGUACGCUACGAGGGCUUCUUCGGCCUCUACAGAGGCCUCGUACCGCAGCUUCUGGGCGUGGCUCCCGAGAAAGCCAUAAAGCUUACAGUGAAUGACUUUGUGAGAGGAAAGACUAUGCAAAAAGAUGGCAGCGUUCCUUUACCUGCAGAAAUCUUGGCUGGCGGAUGUGCUGGGGGAUCUCAGGUGAUCUUCACAAACCCUCUGGAGAUUGUGAAGAUCCGACUGCAGGUGGCAGGAGAAAUCACCACAGGGCCACGCGUCAGCGCUCUCUCUGUCAUCCGUGACCUGGGUUUCUUCGGCCUGUACAAGGGUGCAAAAGCCUGUUUCCUGAGAGACAUCCCCUUCUCGGCCAUCUACUUCCCCUGCUACGCACACACCAAGGCGGCCCUGACUGAUGAAGACGGGCGAGUGGGACCUGGCAGGCUUUUGCUGGCAGGGGCGCUGGCGGGCAUGCCUGCCGCAUCCCUGGUGACCCCUGCUGAUGUUAUCAAGACCCGGUUACAAGUGGCUGCCCGUGCAGGCCAGACCACGUACAAUGGACUCAUUGACUGUUUCUGGAAGAUUCUCCGGGAGGAAGGGCCUCGUGCCUUCUGGAAAGGAGCUGGAGCACGUGUGUUUCGCUCCUCGCCUCAGUUUGGAGUGACUCUGGUGACCUAUGAGCUCCUGCAGAGGUGGUUCUACAUAGACUUCGGUGGACAAAAACCAGCUGGCGCAGAGCCUACUCCCAAGUCUCGGAUCAGCCUCCCGGCGCCCAAUCCUGACCACAUCGGUGGCUUCAGGUUGGCUGUGGCCACGUUUGCUGGCAUCGAGAGUAAAUUUGGACUGCAUCUACCACGAUUCCGAGCGUCUGUCGCCCCACACGUUUGAGGCGGACGCAUCCACUUCGGCUCCGCUGGAACAAACACGCAUAUCAAUCUCUUCCUUCUUGUUGAGAGCAUAAAACCCUCAGCAGAUGAAGUGGAAAUAAUGUUUUAUGUGAUUGUUAGUGCAAAUUACAACUUUUAAAGUACAGCAUAGAUGGGAUGAUGCUUAAUAUUUUUUAAAUCUACCACAAAGUCCUGGAUUGUAGUGUGACUUUGAUUUAUUCGAAAUGUAAAUCAAAUCCUUUUUAUUUGAUUCGCUCAGUUUUGUUAUAUUUUUAUUUACCUGAAAAAAUUACCUUUAGCAGACUGUUACAAGACAGCUAAAUGGAUGUUGACUAACCAGUCACUUGGUGCAUAUUGCAAGGUUUUAAACCAGUACAAACAGAUCCAGUUCGAAAUGACCAUGCAUUUUUUUAAAUGACAGAUGUGCAACUGUUUACAUUUUCAUUUCUCCUACCAUACAACUACACAAGCACAUUGGGCAGUUCAUUUCAUUACUGACGUGGACUCUCACGUUUGAAUGUAUUAUAGUAUUUCAUAUUUAUGUUUGUAUAGUGUUGUAUUUGUGUGUUGGGAAUCUACACGCAGUGGCAAUUUCUGGUCAAUGUGAAAUGAGAGGUUUUACAGAUGAUGUUUGUCAGUAUGUAUUUCUCAGCCCCUUGAAAAAUGAUGUGAAGACUAAAUUGAGCUGUACAGUAGAGCUGAUUGCACAUACACUGUAGUGUGUAAAGAUUGUGCCUUACUGUAAGUAUGGCAGCAAUAGAUGCAGUGAUGGACAGAUUUAUUAAAAGGAGA